UUCAUACCGGAUGGGGAUUUACCCAUGGCCAACACUAAUCUCGGGCUCCCACCGCCCUCUGCCUCGGCUUCUUCCAUGGUUUGCUCUUAGCCACCAACAUCCCGCAGUCAUGGUCACCAACUUCCUGCGGAAAUAUCAGCUCCAGAACCACCACCUCGUACUUCCAAAGAAGCAGUUCGUCACCUACGCCCUCUACGCGCUCAUCGCCCUCGCCUUCUUGCACCACCUUAUCUUCUACCCCGCACCCGCAUCUGAGAAAUCAGUGGUGGUGGCGCAGGUACAAGACGAGGUUGCAGCGGGUGUCUCAGCUGCUCGGGUGAAUGCGCGUGAGCACCUGCUUCCUCCGCCUCCUCCUCCUCAGCAAGGAGAUGAAGUAUUGAGGAAUCAACGAGCUCAAGGAGUAGUAGCCAAAGAAGUGCCAUCGCCGGCGCCGGCGCCGCCGUGCGACUACUCCGACGGCGAGUGGGUGCCGGACGCGCGCUCGCCGCUGUACAAUGGCACGAGCUGUGGCACCAUCAAGGACGGGCAGAACUGCAUGGCGCACGGCCGGCCGGACACCGGCUACCUUUACUGGCGUUGGCGGCCACGGCGCUGCGACCUGCCGGCCUUCUCCCCGGAGGCGUUCUUAAGCUGGCUCCGCAACAAGCACCUGGCCUUCGUCGGCGACUCCCUGGCGCGGAACCAGGCGGAGUCGCUGCUGUGCCUCCUGGCGUCCCGCUCCGCCGCGCCAGAGCUGGUGUACCGGGACGGCGAGGAGAACAGGUUCCGGCGGUUCGUGUUCCGGGAGCACAACGCGACGGUGUCCGUCUUCUGGUCGCCGUUCCUGGUGAAGGUCGCCGAGAAGGCGGAGCGCGCGGGCGGCGUGCGGCACAACAACGUGUUCCUUGACGCGUUCGACGAGCGGUGGAUGUCGCAGCUGGGCGCGCUCGACGCGGCCGUGCUGUCGGUGGGGCACUGGUUCCUGCUCCCCGGGAUCUACCACGACGGCGGCAGCGUCGUCGGGUGCCACGACUGCGCGGAGCUCAACCACACCGAGACCGACUUCUUCGGCGUGUUCAAGACCGCCAUCUACCGGACGCUCGCCGAGGUCACCCGGCGGCACGGCGACGCCGCGGGCAGGAAAGUGGUAGCGCUGACCACGUUCUCGCCGGCGCACUUCGAGGGGGACUGGGACAAGGCCGGCGCCUGCCCCAAGAAGCGGCCGUACAGGAACGGCGAGAAGGAGCUGGGGUACACGGAGUCGGAGAUGCGGAGGACCGUGGUGGAGGCGGUGCAGGCCGCGGCCAACGCCGCCGGCGCCGGGUCCGGCCUGCGGUUCACGGCGCUGGACGUGACAACUCUGGCCAACCUGCGGCCGGACGGCCACCCGGGCCCGUACAUGCACAAGGACCCGUUCGCCGGCGGCGGCGCGGGCGGCAGGGUGCAGAACGACUGCGUGCACUGGUGCAUGCCCGGGCCUGUCGACACGUUCAACGAGAUCCUGCUCCAGAACAUCCUCCGGUGACCGCACUAACGAGACAUCAGGGAGAACCGGAGCAGGCGUCUCUGCUCAUGUGUUCUGUUCUUCAAGUUUUUUUUUU